ACAAGUUCAGCUGGGCUCACCUCGCAGCGUUUGCCAUCUGUCAACGGCAGAGCGCGUCAGGGAAGGAUGGCUUCCUUUCCUUUUAGAAAAAUUAGCCGCACCUUGCAAGCGCCUACACUUAAAAAAUAAAUAAAUAAAUCCUCUCCUUCCCUUUUCUGUCGGAGGAUUUCUGUCGCCCCUGCCAGCGAUCACCUCCCCUUUAAGGCAGCCCAGCUCACCUGUAGGCGCAGCCCAUUUACCUGGCCCAGGUGGCUGCCGAGAGCGAUCGAAGGCGACGAGGAGGAAGCGGGCACAAGCAGUAUGUCUGCCUCGGCAGUCUUCAUCCUUGACCUGAAAGGCAAGCCACUGAUCAGCCGCAACUAUAAGGGCGAUGUGAGCAUGUCAGAAAUCGACUACUUCAUGCCACUCUUGAUGCAGAAGGAGGAGGAAUCUGCCCUGACACCACUCCUAUCCCAUGGGAAGGUCCACUUCCUCUGGAUCAAGCACAGCAACCUCUACUUGGUGGCCCUCACCAUGAAGAAUGCGAAUGCCUCGCUGGUGUAUUCAUUUCUUUACAAAGUGGUAGAGGUCUUUACGGAAUACUUCAAGGAGCUGGAGGAAGAGAGCAUUCGUGACAAUUUUGUUAUUGUGUAUGAACUACUGGAUGAGCUGAUGGACUUUGGGUUUCCCCAGACAACCGACAGUAAAAUUUUGCAGGAGUACAUCACUCAGCAGGGCAACAAGCUGGACACACACAAAUCCUCUGUUCCAGCCACUGUCACCAAUGCAGUCUCCUGGAGAUCAGAAGGUAUCAAAUAUAAGAAGAAUGAAGUCUUCAUAGAUGUCAUUGAAUCUGUCAAUCUGCUGGUCAAUGCUAAUGGAAAUGUCCUGCUGAGUGAGAUUGUGGGCUCAAUCAAGCUGAAAGUCUUCCUCUCAGGCAUGCCAGAACUGCGCUUGGGCCUUAAUGACAGGGUGCUCUUUGAAAUCACAGGACGUGGAAAAAAUAAGUCUGUGGAACUGGAAGAUGUGAAGUUCCACCAGUGUGUGCGACUGUCUCGUUUUGACAAUGACCGCACCAUUUCCUUCAUCCCACCAGAUGGAGAUUUUGAGCUCAUGUCCUAUCGAUUGAACACACAGGUGAAACCUCUCAUCUGGAUUGAGUCUGUCAUUGAGAAGUUCUCUCAUAGCCGAGUGGAGAUCAUGGUUAAGGCAAAGGGCCAGUUCAAGAAGCAAUCUGUGGCCAAUGGUGUGGAGAUCUGUGUGCCGGUCCCAAGUGAUGCUGAUUCGCCCAAGUUCAAGACCAGCAUUGGCAGUGCAAAAUACUUUCCCGAAAAGGACAUGGUCAUCUGGAGCAUCAAAUCGUUCCCGGGUGGCAAGGAAUACUUGAUGAGAGCCCACUUUGGGUUGCCCAGUGUUGAAAAUGAGGAGAUGGAGGGCCGGCCACCCAUCUCUGUCCGGUUUGAGAUUCCAUACUUCACAGUCUCUGGAAUUCAGGUGCGCUAUAUGAAGAUAAUUGAGAAGAGCGGGUACCAGGCUCUGCCGUGGGUCCGUUACAUCACCCAGAGUGGAGAUUACCAGCUUCGGACACAUUAAUAUUAUCAUCCUGUAGACUCAAGAUCAGGAUUCUGCAUAUUCAAGAAUGAAAGAGUCUGGGUGCCUUUUAAUCGUGGCUUCUCUGAAACAGAUUGUAUGUGUAUCCUUCUUUUCCUAGAAUGCUGCUCUGUUUCUUUCUCUGCACGACUUGAUUUAGUAGCAGUUCCUGGACCCCUCUUCCCAAAGCAGGCAGGGCAAAUAAAGGCUCCAUUUCCUGUUGCCUUGAGGUGGUGGUUACACUGCUUCCCAGUGACAGUGGACCUGCCGCUUUUGAUAUGUCAACAGGGUGUGCCUUAUAAGAACUCCUUUAUGGAGAAACCUUCAGGAGUGAAGCCUUCAAGCAGAACCUCUCUACUUUAGAGGAUUUUAUAGAGCAGAUGUCAUAGAGCAGGGUACUUGGCUCCUUGCUGGGGCGCAAGUUAGACUGGAGAAGUGAGGAGAGCCUGGCUUACUGUCGCCU